AGCGUCUUUAACGCGGCAAAGAUUGCUAGGGAAGAAAAGUACUCCUAUAUGCUGAAAGAACGCGGUUGAGAGGAAGCUUACAUGAGUGCCUCUGGCCACGCAGAAUCAGGGAGUUGGAAAUGGCAUUCCCAAGGAGCCGUGCUUCCACCGUGAGCAGCUACGCUUCUACUCCAACGCUCAGCAGCUACCCGAGCUCUAACAUCUCCACCCCAAGCUCUAAUAUCUCCAACCCGAGCCCCUCAGCGGCGGCGAAAAGAGCCACCAAGAUCUUCACAGGCAGCAGCAACCCAAGUUCCUUUGCAACGGAUGCAAUAAGCUCCACCGGGAUCCGGCUCAUAGUUCCCACGGGAGGUUCUGCAGGAGGUCCAAAAUUCAUUGAGGGAAAGAGGCUCCAGCAGCAUCAGGAUGUUGUGGAAUCAAGCUCCUUUCCGAUAGAAGCAGUAAUCACCACUGGGGUGCGGCUCACGGGAGUUGCCAUUGGUCACAACCCUGAACUAGCAGCCACAGGAGGUCAUGUAUUCACACAGGGAAUGAAGCUUCAGCUGCAUCAGGAUGUUCUGCAAUCAGCACACAAGUUUCCUAAGCAAGAAACGAAUGGUUGGGCGCAUCCAGACCUCUGUUCACCAUCAAAGCAACUUAAAAAUGUAAGUACUUCUAUCAAGGAGAUUAAUCGCUGGGCAAGAUCUUCAACUACAUUAAAGGUCAACUCAAAUAUCCGGCUUUUGGAGUCUGUAUUUCAUUUGACACAUGUGGUAACUUCAAUGGCACCACACCCAGAUCACAUCGUCGCGAUGAUACGAGUCCACGAUGCACUUGCUGACCUGUUGCUUGUCCUGCCAAAGAAUAUCUUCCCUUUCAUGAUGCAGAAUGUCACUCCAUUUGUAGAUGAAUUAUGCCCCACAAGAGGUGCAUCAUUAUCAGCAAGGUACGGAAACACACUGCGUGGUUUGACAAAAAGCAUAAGAACUGGUCUGCAGGUACUCAAGGUCAUGAUCUUGAAUUAUACAUCUGAGGCAGUCCCACAAGGUGGUGGCAUCCAUGAGAUCACUAAAUACUUGUUGAGUUACAUCAUGUCCUUACUGGAACAUCGCACCUCUCUAAGAAUCAUCCUUAGCGACAGACAGGAAGGCACGGUUGCAAUGGAGACGCUGCAAGAUAUUGUUGCUACCUUGGUCUCUCACUUAGAAACUAUGCUUGAGAAAGAAUCUUUCCGAUAUCAAGAUGCAGGGUUGAAACAACUUUUCUUGGUGAAUAAUGCAAACUUUGUGUUACAUCAAGUAAAAGGCUCAGAGAUAAAGUAUCUUCUGGGAGAUGACUGGGUUUUGCAGCACAGAGAACAAUUAAAGGACAACAUAUCAAGGUUCGUCGAUAUUUCUUGGGAAUCUGUCAUGUACAGCUUCCAUGUAAAGACAAGCAAAAUCCCAAUAUUUUCUAGCCUACCAACAUUGAAAAUAUUUAACCUGGAAUUUGAAAGAAUAUACUGGACUCAAAAGAUGUGGACAGUUGAAAAUCCUCUGCUUCGAUCCGAUAUGCGUAAAUCGGUAUCACAGAAGCUUGUUCAGGCUUACAGAUCAUACCUUGAGGAUCACCAAAACAAGGUCGCAAAGCUUGUGAAGUACACCCCUGAAGAUCUUGAGGAGCUGCUGUCAGAACUGUUUGAAGGAUAAUAAUGGUCAAAACUAAUAAGACGAAGAAGUACAUAUGCACGUCACCAGUCUUCUGCAAUAAAUUUGAAGUAUAAAUGAUCCCUUGAGCUAGGAGGAGGACGAUCAGAUGCAUAUCCUUAACUUGCAUAACGAAUGUGGAACUGUAAUAAGCAUAUCCUUGAUAUGUCAAGAUUGAACUGUAAAUUAGCUUCCCAAAGUUGUUUGGUUGUUGCACUGUGAUAUGCUUAGUGCGAAAGUUUCUCUAGUACUCCCUCCAA